UACUUAAACUCCGGUUACACGAGAGACAGGAUGGCGUUCAAUGGGGACGGACCCCACUCGAAGAGGCAGCGACUUGAGGAGUCCGGUCACAGGAAUCACGAAUACAGUGGAUACGGAGACGAGCCACGUCGCAAAAGAGAGGACAAUAAUAAACCGAACCACGUCUUAUUGUUUACUAUAAUCAACCCAGUUUAUCCAAUAACAGUGGAAGUACUGCACACAAUCAGUGCACCCAGCGGACAGGUACAACGUGCAGGAGCCCACCAAAAAGAACCAAACACCAACGGACGACCGGCGCCGCUUCUUGCUGAACCGAGAUAUGGAGCAGCCCCACAGCCAUAUGGCUCGACGCCACAAGUGGCCUUUCCACCCGGGCACGAUCGCUACGAAGAAAGCUUCAAUGGUCCCGCUACCUAUGCGGAGCCUUACGAGAGGUAUGGGUUAAAGGGCGACUUUAGCGGGCGAGAGCCUCUUCAUCCGUCUCCAGCUAGACCUGGUUAUGUUCCAAGUCUCGGACAAACGCCGCCGACAAGUACUCAAGGCUCGGUUAUGAUGGUUUACGGCCUACAAGCUGACAAAGUCAACACUGACAAACUCUUCAACCUCUUCUGCCUCUACGGCAAUGUCACCAAGGUUAAAUUUUUAAAGACAAAAGAAGGAUGUGCCAUGAUUCAAAUGGGAGAUAGUAUUGCCGUGGAGCGGUGUCUCCAGAAUUUGAAUAACGUAACGAUCGGGACAGAAGGUAAACUUCAGCUCGGGUUUUCAAAACAAGCCUUUCUCGCAGACGUAACCAACCCUUACGUGUUACCGGACAAGACCGCAAGUUUCAAAGACUUUACCGGUAGCAAAAAUAACAGAUUCUUAAACCCAGCUAUGGCUAACAAAAAUAGAAUACAACCACCGUCAAAAAUAGUCCACUUUUUCAACACACCGCCAGAUCUAACCGAGGAGACAGUUAAUAAAGUUUUUGUCGAACGUGGAAUAGAGACACCCUUAACCAUAAAGCUGUUUCCACUCAAGUCAGAGCGCUCUUCCUCGGGGCUUAUUGAAUUCAGCAGUGUAGGAGUUGCCGUAGCUGCGAUAAUGGAGUGUAACCACACAGCACUGGAGAAUAGCAAUGGCAAGUUUCCGUACAUAAUGAAGUUGUGCUUCUCAUCAUCACGUACGAUACCGGCAAACUUCCCACCAGCCGGUGCCAGCGCAAAUGCAUCCAGCGAUUCACCCGGUAACGGUCACGCUAAAAUGCAACAAGACUCUGAAUAG